AUGAAGCUCGCCACACUGUUCAUCGCUGCCGCAACCGCAGUCCUCGCUGCCCCAGCCAGUUCCCCAGCUGGGGACAUUACCAGUCGUCAAAUAAACGGCAAAAUCUACCCACACCGCACAUUCCGCUACUGGGUCUCAAGCGGCAAACUCAAAGAAGACCCACAGGACCAACUUCUUGUCGUGAAAGACGGCAUCGCCGCACACGAGACAACCACAAUCGUUACCUUCGACAUCUCCCCCGACCUCCAGGGCCGCCGCUGCAGGCUCCAAUUUGACCUGUGGCCCCGCGACGUCUCCAGCGGGUCCAAGCAGGCGGACGUUUUCACCGUCAUCGACCCACCGACGCACGACUUCUCCCCGGCGACAGUCUCUCAAUGGCGCCCUGCCGCACUGGCAGAGACGCAGCGGAGCCGUGAUAUCCAUCAAGGCCGUAUCCAGGUUGAAGCGCCGGGAAGCGCGGACUGGAUCCAAUCAUUCCAUGGAUAUCCUGAGUUCGACUGCCCUGCUGGACAACUUUUUGCCCUUGAGUAUGUUGGUGUCAAUGAUGCUGUCGCCAUUCGCUGGGAUAUUGGAGUGACUGGACCCAUCAUUAUCCCUUUGUAA